AUGGCUGCCAGUUUUGAGCUAGUGAUCCUGGUCACAUGCUCGUUGCUCCUAGCCGGGGCGUGCCGCGGCGCCCCCGAUACCGAGCUGCAGGUCGGGUACUACCAGGACACGUGCCCUAAGGCGGAGGCCAUCGUGAGGGCCGCCGUCAGCGACGCCGUCGCCGAGGACGCCGGCAUCGGCGCUGGCCUCAUCCGGCUACUCUUCCACGACUGCUUCGUUCAGGGCUGUGACGCGUCGGUGCUGCUGGACCCGACGAAGAAGAACCCUUUCCCGGAGAAGCUGGGCGCGCCCAACGUCCACAGCCUGCGUGGCUUCGAGGCGAUCGACGCGGCCAAGUUCGCGCUGGAGGACGCCUGCCCCGGCGUCGUCUCCUGCGCCGACGUCGUCGCCUUCGCAGCCCGCGACGCCUCCUACCUGCUCAGCGGUUACCGCGUCGACUUCGACAUGCCGGCGGGCCGCUUCGACGGGCGGCGCUCAAAUGCCUCCGACACGGUCCCCUCCCUUCCGGCGCCGUCUGCAAACCUCGCCCAGCUCAUCGACAACUUCGCCGCCAAGGGGCUGGACGCCGAAGACAUGGUGGUGCUCUCCGGCGCGCACUCCGUCGGCCACGCGCGCUGCUCCUCCUUCGCUGGGGACCGACUCGGCGCCGGCGCUGACAUCGACCCGUCGUUCGCGAGGUCGCUCCGGAGGCGGUGCAACGACACCAGCGAGGUAGAGGACCCGAUGGUGAGCCAAGACCCGGUGACCCCGGCGGAGCUGGACGGCCAGUUCUACCGUAACGUGUUGAAGGGUAGGGUGCUGUUGGCGUCGGACGCCGCGCUCAUGGAGACCAAGGAGGCGGCGCGGAUGGUGCGGGAGAGCGCGGGCGUCAGCGGUAGGUGGGAGAAGAAGUUCGGGCAGGCCAUGGUGAAGAUGGCCGGCAUCGAGGUGAAGAAGGCCGGCCGACGCGGCGAGAUCAGGACGAACUGCAGGCUCGUCAACUAG